AUGAAGUCAUUGUCUUAUGACUUCAAGAAUAGUCGAGCGUACUGGCUUGCAUUUGUUGUAUUUUGCGGCCUCAUUUCCUUUGGUUAUGACACAGGAGUCGCUGGCGGAGUCAUUGCACAAGAUGCCUUUAUAGACCACUUCUUUCUGGAUGACAAGGGAAACAUUGAUGCUGAUAAGGUGACCAACGUCUCCGGAAACGUCGUAUCAGUGCUUCAGGCGGGAGCAUUCUUCGGUUCCUUGGGGAGUGCACCGAUCUCUUCCCGACUUGGACGGAGAAGAGGUCUCAUAAGCUUUUCCCUCAUUUUCAUGCUUGGCGCAAUCCUGCAAUUAAUCGCAGGAGUCGGUGGUCGUGGAUUAGGCUACAUAUAUGCGGGUCGAGUUGUCGCUGGGAUUGGAAUCGGAGGUCUCUCUGCGAUAUGUCCGGCCUUCGUUUCCGAAUGCGCUCCUAAAGAAGUUCGUGGUCGCUUUACGGGACUAUUCCAGAUCCUGGUUGUUUUCGGAGUGAUGUUAUCGUACUUCGUUAAUUUUGGAGUCAGUCGGCAAAACAUUACUGGUCCGCGCGUAUGGCAGAUUCCGUUCGGAGUGCAAGUCAUUCCAGCAGGUAUGAUGGCCAUUGGACUUUUAUUUACCAAAGAGUCUCCACGUUGGCUCGCUUCUCGUGGACGCACAACUGAAGCCUUGGAAACACUCGCAUACCUACGCAAGGAAAGCGUAAAUUCGCAGAGCGUACGGGAUGAAAUGGCUGAGAUUGAGGCAGCAAUCGAGGAAGAACGAAAAGCACAAGAUGGACUGAGUCUCAAGGAGAUUUACCUCGGGAAGGGACAUCUGUCUCGCUUUGUAAUCGCUUUCUUUCUACUCUUCUUCCAACAAUGGACUGGCCAGAACUCAGUGAAUUACUUCGCUCCGCAGAUGUUCGAAGCAAUUGGUUACCAUGGGGCAACGCAAUCGCUGUUAGCAUCCGGGGUAUAUGGAAUCGUAAAGGUCGUCUCGACUACAAUAUUUAUUUUCUUCUUCGUCGAGCGUCUUGGUCGUAAGACGUACUUGGCCUUAAGCUCCCUUGGCUGCGGAAUCACGUUCUACGUAAUUGGUGCGAUUCUCAAAACGUAUCCGCCCUCAACCGCCGUUGCCGUUGGAGCGUCUCCUUCGUCGGCGAGCAAAGCCAUGGCCGCCCUAUUGUACAUCUUUGAUGUCACUUAUAGCGUCGGCUGGGGUCCUUUACCUUGGGUAUAUGUCGCCGAGAUCUUCUCACACGGUACGCGCCAUCACGGCCUCGCAGUCGCCAGCGGGAGUCAAUGGCUUUGGAACUUCGUUGUCAGUCGCCUUACGCCAAACCUCAUCGCGAGCCUUGGCUGGAAGAUCUUCAUACUCUAUGGCACAAUCGACAUAGGAGCUAUGUUUGCAUUUUCCCUAAUGAUUCCAGAGACGAGGGGUAAGAGCCUCGAGGAAAUGGAUAUUAUUUUCGGCACGAUCUCGCAAGCCGAGCGCGACACGAAUAUAAUGUCUGUGCAGCGAGUUCUCGAACUCGAUGAUCAUGAUUGCAAAACGGGUGAAGCAUGUGCCGGGGAGGGCAUCAGCGAAAAAGAACCAAACGUUUGA